AGAAUAUGUUGUAAAGUUUCAAGCUUUUCAAUAUACAAGUUUACAAGCUCUCGCUAUCUGAGUGAGUAGCUCGUGCUGGGUUUUGCUUUUUGGGGAGUUGGGGGGAAGUUUGAUUCUUUUUAUCUUUCAAAGAGUCUCCGCGGAUAGUGCUUUUUCUAACUGCUGCUUUUCUCUUUUGAGUCUCUUUGGCUUCUCAAACAUUAGAUAUAAAAACAUGGGUUGGAUGAUGAUUCCCUGUUCUGGUAAUUCCAACAGUAAAGCAAAAACCAAGAAGAAAAGGAAGAACAAGAUUGAGUUGCAGGAAAAGCCACUUGAUCAGAUCAAACCCACUUCAGGUUUUUCAAAGACUAAUUCCAUCUUGAGUGUCAAGGAGGAUCCGAAAGAUGGGGGGUCUGAUCACAUUGCAGCACAGACUUUUGCAUUCCGUGAAUUGGCAGCCGCAACUAGAAAUUUCAGGUCAGAAUGUCUAUUGGGUGAGGGUGGAUUUGGUCGAGUAUAUAAAGGACGUUUGGAAAGUACCAAUCAGGUAGUAGCUAUCAAACAACUUGAUCGUGAUGGAUUACAAGGGAACAGGGAAUUCCUUGUUGAAGUGUUGAUGUUGAGUCUUCUUCACCAUCCCAAUCUUGUUAAUCUUACUGGUUAUUGUGCGGAUGGAGAUCAAAGGCUUCUCGUUUACGAAUAUAUGCCCCUAGGGUCUUUGGACGACCACUUACAUGAUGUAUCUCCUGGUAAGAGACGACUUGAUUGGAAUACACGAAUGAAAAUAGCUGCUGGAGCAGCAAAGGGAUUGGAGUAUCUACAUGACAAAGCAAGUCCUCCUGUUAUAUACAGAGAUUUGAAAUGCUCCAACAUAUUACUCGGUGAAGGAUAUCAUCCAAAGCUGUCUGAUUUUGGUUUAGCCAAACUUGGGCCUGUUGGGGAUAACACCCAUGUAUCUACAAGGGUUAUGGGAACGUAUGGAUAUUGUGCUCCAGAGUAUGCAAUGACAGGGCAGUUGACUCUUAAAUCAGACGUUUAUAGCUUUGGCGUAGUUCUUUUGGAAAUUAUAACAGGCAGGAGAGCGAUUGACAAUACCAGAGGUACAGGAGAACAGAAUUUGGUUGCAUGGGCAAGACCCUUGUUUAAAGACCGAAAGAAAUUUUCACAAAUGGCAGACCCAACGCUCCAGGGUCAGUAUCCCCCAAGGGGCUUGUACCAAGCUCUUGCAGUUGCGGCAAUGUGUGUUCAGGAGCAGCCUAAUAUGCGGCCAGUUAUAGCUGAUGUCGUCACAGCUUUGACUUACCUUGCUUCACAGAAGUAUGACCCUGAAACGCAGCCAGUCCAAAGCUCACGUCUUGCCCCUUGUACCCCCCCUAGAACCAAGAGGGAUAGUGAAAGGAAAGCUCAAUUGUGGUAAUGGACACGCCAACUAUCACAAGGUUAUGAUAAUACCUGAUAGAUGCUCUUACGGGUAUGGAGUCUGAGCUAAUAUUUUUUUGCUGAUGAUAACAUGCCCUCAGACCCUAAUUCUGAAAGUUUCUUCCCAUCUCCACGUCGUGUCUCAUCAUCAGAAAAUAGUUUUCCUCUUCGUUUUUUUUUCUUGAAUAUAUAGUUAGAAUGCUGUAUUAUAUCUUUGUGUGCCUUCGUGCGGUGAUUUUUCGUUUGUAUUUUUACAUUUUUAUUCUUCAAAUAUCUCUAUAGAUCCGGUAGGUUUCGUUUCAUACCACCCUCUUUUUAAGUUUUUCAGGGCUAUAGUUCUGCUUUGUUGUGUAACAUGUAAUUUUCAAUUUUCAAACCCUGGCAAUAUUGCUUUGUAUUACUUUUUUGUCUUUUGCUGAUAUGGAAAGCCUGUGAAUGCUUGGAAUGAGAAA